GGAUGUGCUCAAUUAUUUAGCACAAAGCCUUAAGAUGCAUAGAUGAGAGGAGAGCCCCUGGAAGUGAUCAAGCCCAUUGUAGUAUUUCCUCCCCUUGCCUUUCUUCGGGAUGGAUGUUUGCAAGAGUCCAGUUUGUCGUGUAGUGGGAUAUUGCGUGUAAUAAGCUAAAAGCUCUUCCAUACUUUGUACAUAUCAUCACUGCAGCAAACUCUGGGUGGCCAUUGAGUAAAUGUCAUGGAGAGCAAAGUGAUGGACUAUCGUAUGAGUGUCAUCAAAAGUCCUCCAGGAUGGGAAGUCGGAAUCUACAUCGCUGGGGCGCUGACAUUGCUUGGAGCGGCAGGUCUUUACCUGUGGAAGCUGUAUAAAUCGGGGGAUUAUCCAUCACCUUCUCCUUUUCCAAACUAUGACUAUCGAUAUCUCAAGCAAAAAUAUGGGACUGCUCAUGCGAACGUUAAAAAAAAGAGAAAGGCUCCUACGGGCUCUGCAAACAAUAUGGCAGACCUCAUCGAUACUUACGAGAGCAUCAAUGAAUUUGGACCUAUGGAACUGAACAGCAGAGAUAUGGAGAUGACACCAUAUGGCAUGAUGAGGAGGUCCCUUUCUACCGAUUCCCUCAGUUCCAUAUCUUCCAUCGGCAAUAAUUUUGGCCAAGACUUUACUGUUGGACAAAUCGAAGUCACCAUGGAAUAUGAAGUUAAUUCUAACAUGCUACACGUUUCCUUGCUACAAGGAAAAGAUCUGCUGGAAAAGAAAGAAGACGGUAACUUCGAGUCCUGCUUCGUGCACAUCAGUCUGCUCCCGGAUGAACAAAUUGUCGGUAUUUCUAGGAUACAAAGAAAUUCAUAUUCAGUUUUGUUCGAUGAGACGUUCUCUAUUCCUCUCGACCCGCUGGCUUUGGAAGAAAACAGCCUUAAGUUCUCAAUAUUUGGAAUUGAUGGAGAUGAGAGGAAUGUCAGCACAGGAGUCGCCGAACUGAAGUUAUCAGACUUGGAUCUGGCAUUGCGGCCCUUCAGCACGUGGAUAUAUCUACAGGACGUCAACAAGGCCGUGGACUCUGUAGGCGAGAUUCUUCUGUCUCUUAGUUACCUGCCAACCGCUGAACGUCUCACCGUUGUCGUUGUCAAAGGGAAAAACUUGGCGUUGACAGAAGGAAGAGUCACAGGAGAUCCAUUUGUAAAGGUUUACCUCCUUCAAGAUGGCAGAAAGAUCAGUAAGAAAAAGACAGCGGUAAAGCGCGAUGACCGAAAUCCCGUUUUUAACGAAGCAAUGAUAUUCUCUGUUCCGGCUAUUGUACUGCAGGAUCUGUCUUUGAGGAUCACGGUUGCAGAAUGCUGCGAAGGCGGAAGAACGGAGAAUGUUGGACACGUUAUCAUCAGUCCCACAGCAGCUGGAAUGGGCAUGGCUCAUUGGAACCAAAUGUUAGCUACGUUAAGAAAGCCGGUGUCCAUGUGGCACCAACUGAGAAGAAACUAGAAAUAUAUCUAACUGGGUGGGGGUGGAAGCUCUUGGUGGGAGCGAUGGGCGUCUCGGCAUGGAAGAACUAAAAAAUGGACACAAGACACCACGUAAUGCUUAGCGUAACAGUCUCACAACCUGUGUUUGAUGGCAGCGAGCUUGCUGGAUUUAUGUUUUUAUUUUAUAUAACAUGUAAUCGUCCUUUACAAUGUGCUUUGUGUCAUCUGCUGGAUCUCC